AAAAAUAAGAACAAAAAUCCAGAGUGAAAGUAUUUCAGGUUCGGGGGUUAAGUGGCUUCUAAUUUCACACCUCCAAAAGUGUAGACAGGAAGGAGAGAGGGAAAGAGAGAAAGGAAAGAGAGAUCUCCCUCUCCUCGUCGAGCUCCUCGCCUGUCUCCUUCCGAUGCAACUUGGACUAUUUGGCUCAAAGGGGAGGAGGGCGUCGGAGGCGGCGGUGGUCGUCCAGAUGCCUUCCCAGGCUGCGUUUCCUGGGCGCUGCUGAGUAGAUACUCUCCCUCUCCGGUCUCCAGAUGGGCUACCACUGACCCACGCUCUCUCCACCCCUGGAGAGCUGAGGAAAGUCCUCGGGAUGGAUCCACGCCGGGGCCACGAAGGCACGAGGCGGGCGCCCUGCUGAGACUGAAGGCGGACAAGGCCCCGGAGGAGGUAGAGGAGAAAGAGGAGGAGGAGGAGGAGCAGUCCCGCACGCCUUUGCCGGGGGGCUGAGGGGGGCAACGCUGGCCCUGGAUCUCUGGGAGGGAGCUGAAGAGCCCAGAAGGGCGCCCGAACAAAAGGGGAAGCCAGCGUUGGGGGGCUCAGCAUGGAGGAGCGCCCGGGCAGCGAGCAAAGCGGCGAGGAGCAGCAGCAGCAACCCCAUCCCCAUCCCCAUCCCAACCAUCCGCCGGAGGAGUCCAGCAGCGGGAGCGAAGCGGAGCCCAACCGGCGCCGGGCGGCGAUGCUCCUUCCCCGGGUGCUCCAAGCGCCUCCCCACCGGAUCACCAACUUUUUCAUCGACAACAUCCUGCGGCCGGAGUUCGGGAGGAGGAAAGAGGACGGCACUGGCCUUAGCUUGGACUCGAAUUCGCAGCAGCAAAGCCACCCGCACCACCCCCAGCAGCAGCAGCAGAACGCCCCUCACCUCCACCAGCCCCAGCUCCUGCCCGCCAGGAGCCCCUCCGCAGCUCCCGCCGAAGGAGGAGGAGGAGGAGGAGGAAGCGGAGGCGGCUCCAAAGCCCUGGCCCCGGCCAAAAAGGGAGACGAUUCGGGCGAGACGGAAGGAGCCCUGAAGCCCCGCGGUGGUGGUGGUGGUGGUGGUGGAGGAGGAGGGGGAGGGAGCAGCAGCGGGGGAGGCGGCGGAGGAGACCUCUCGCUCAGCUCCGACUCGGACAGCUCCCAGGCCAGCUCUUUCCCCAAUGGGCAACCCAUGCUCUGGCCCGCCUGGGUCUACUGCACCCGCUACUCCGACAGGCCCUCGUCAGGCCCCAGGUCGCGGAAACCAAAGAAGAAGAACCCCAACAAGGAGGACAAGCGCCCGCGGACCGCCUUCACGGCCGAGCAGCUGCAAAGACUCAAAGCGGAGUUUCAGACGAACAGGUACUUGACGGAGCAGAGGCGGCAGAGCCUGGCCCAGGAACUCAGCCUCAACGAGUCGCAGAUCAAGAUCUGGUUCCAGAACAAGCGGGCCAAGAUCAAGAAAGCCACCAGCAACAAGAACUCCUUGGCGGCCCACCUCAUGGCGCAAGGGCUGUACAACCACUCCACGGCCUCGAAAGACGGCAAGUCCGACAGCGAGUAGAGGAGGAGGAGGGAAGGAAGGAAGGAAGGGCGGCAGAGCUGAUUCCAGGCUUUGGGAAGCUUGGGCCUUCAUCCAGGGGUUUUGGACUGCA